UUGGAUAGCAAAAUGAAACUCCUGUUCCUUGCUGUAUGCGGUCUCGCGCUGGUGGCCGGCGAUGUCUCGCAUCUGUUCGAUCAUCAUGAUCACCAUGAUCAUCCCGGCUACAACUACGAUCCACCGAGUGUUCCCUUCGAACUGCCAACCCCUGGGCCUGAAUAUCUGCCACCGGAACCCGUGACAGCUCGUGUUAUUGCUCCAGUUCCGUCUUACUUGCCACCGGUGAAGCCUGUGACCAAGCCGACUCCGGUUUACUUGCCGCCCCAGCCGUCAGUGAAGCCCGAGAUUCCGGUCGUCAGGACACCCAAGCCCUCGUACCUGCCACCCCCACUGCCAACUGUGAAGGUCGUGACACCCAAGCCCUCUUACCUGCCACCCCCGCCGCCAGUGGUGACGCCUAAGCCGUCUUACCUGCGACCCCCGCCGCCAGUUGUGAAGGUUGUGCCUCCUCCUAAGCCGGCAUAUCUGCCACCUGCUGCUCCCAUCGUCAAGGUUGUGCCACCUAAGCCUGCUUACCUGCCACCGCCCGUGGCAGCCGUCGCACCCGUGGUGGAGCAGCCCCAGCCGGAGUAUCUGCCGCCCUCGAAGCCGACGUUCAAGAUUCCGAUCCCCUCCUAUGCCGCCCCGCUGGAGGAGCCCGUGAACAGCUACCUGCCGCCCCAGGAGAUCGUGGAGCCGCACAGCGAGGAUGGCUAUCACUACGAUGCCCCCGCCCAGCCAUUCCUCUUCUGAGAGGCAAGACCCUUCCAUCCUUAGCCAUUUUAUUGUUGUCUGCCAA